AUGGAAUCAAUCUUGGGUGAUCAGGUCAGGAUCCUGGAUAUUCUCCCUGAUGACAAAGGCACGACGAUACGCUGCCAGCUCCGUGUCGUCUCACUUGCGGAUGACCCUAUCUACGAGGCACUCUCGUACGUCUGGGGUAGCCCGCACCACGUUUGGGAUGGCGCGUACGUCGAUCAGUCGAAGGCGAAUCUCGUUUCUAUCGAGAUCUCGAAUCGAAGACAAGAGGUAACAAGUAAUCUCUACGCUGCUCUGACUCGGCUGCGGUCCAGCAGCAAGAACAGGCCGGUGUGGAUAGACCAGCUCUGUAUCAACCAGAAUGACUACGAAGAAAAGUCGACACAAGUACAGCUGAUGCGCAAGAUCUAUUCAAAGUGUACCCGCGGACUUAUCUGGCUUGGAGAAAUCCGAGACGAUAUACCCGAGAACGAUGCCGCAACUGUAGUUGAGUAUUUGGUUUACAUCAAUGCUCUCCUGCACUCGGAUGGUAGCUCGCAUUUGGCAUUACCGAACUUCACGAGGUCCAGGCCCGACUUCGAGCGCUUCUUGAAAGCUCUACGGUCCAUUCACCGGUACCAAUGUACUUGGUGGACUCGGAUAUGGACCUUGCAGGAAGCCGUUCUCCCUCGAAAGGCCGAUAUCUUCUGGGGUCCCUUCAUAAUACCAUGGAACACAUUCCUAGACGCUGCCCGUUUCUUUACAUUUAAGUCCUUCCUGGAGCUGGAUAUUGCCUCCGGCCUUGGCAAACAUGAGCAGUGGGUCAUGUUUGACAUAUUCAGAUACGUGAAAGCUCUUGCAGAUGCAAGAUAUAGGGUCCACGCGGGUGGCGUGCACAUGCAACUAGACCCGAUGCACAUCCUGAGCCGCUGGCGAGGGCGGCUUGCUUCCGAUCCACGUGACAAGAUCUAUGCCUUGUCCAGUCUCUACGACAACAAGACACUACCAAGUAGUGGGAAGUGCGACUACAGCCUUACGGUACAAGAGGUUUUUGAAUCGGUCACGAUGGACCUAAUACAGCUUUAUGGGGACCUCCGGCCGCUCUCAAUGUGUCCUCGAGUCCUCUGCAAGUACGCUACACCGGGAAUCCCUGGUUGGGUGAUCGACUUGGGAUCUGAACGAGGUUAUUUCGGUCCUUGGACCACUGACUAUCGUCUUUAUGAUAUCACGUGCAGGGGACUUUAG